UCAACAGCCCUAACUUACUUAUAUUUGGUGUUGUAUUGUUGACCACACUGAUUGUUGUCAAAAGCAAGAUUGUAAACAGUGUAAUCAAGCGCGAUGUGAUAUAAUUCGAAAGUUGAGUGAACAAAUGGAACGCUUAGGAUUCGUUGCAGUCAUUUUGUUGUUGCAGUUUAAAUGUUUAUACUGCGUAGAGGACUGUGACGUACAUGCGACCAUCACAAGACGAAUUGAAAACGACGGCUUUCAUCGAGACCUGCAUUCACUUGUGGAGAUAGUUGUGGAUCAUGCUGACCUUUGGAUCAAUUGCUCAGUGAUACUGGAGGAGAAGAUCCCAGCAGCAUUGUAUGUGAAUCCAGACCAACUGCAGGAAUUACAGCGGUUCAAACAGUUGUCAUCUUGUGCAGAAGUAAUGGGAGCGGUGAACAUCGAGUUGCCAGAAGCCAUAGCAACAGAACACACCGUCAUUGCUUAUAGUCCAUUGCAAUGUACUCAGAACCUCCUUUCAGCAAAGCUUUCAUUACCUGUGCAUGCACGGUACCGGGCACCAAUUUCAGGUGGUGGCCAUGUUGAGGGACACUUGAAUUCUCCACGCCUGUUUCUCCACUGCUUAGAAGAUACCUGCCUAAGAGCAAAUGCGCAGGCAACUGCCAACUUCUCUUGUCAACCUUGUGUGGAGUUUACUGGCAAAAACUGUUCUUGGUUUUCUCUACCUUAUGAGACAAAUUCAAUAACAAUGAAUAUACGCAUACCAGUUGGAAACUCUGAUCUGCGAGCCAUUGUGGUAAUUGUUACAUUAACUGUUACUUGGACAGCCACUGCGUAUGUCCUGUCAACGAUCUUCCUCAAGCACAGUAAAGGAAAAAGCAUUUCAUAGGUAAAAGCAUGUGAGCUCGUCUUUAAAAUGUGGCAUCUAGAGCACCACUGAAUUUGUUGGAUAUUGAAAGACAGACUUUAAGAACUGUGUGAUUUAACUAUUGUAUACAUUCCCAAUUGCAUUUUAUGAUUAAAUAGAAGUGUUUGAAAAUUUGAAUUAAUGUAAGUGUGAGUGUGAGCAAGUGUGCAUGAGACAGGCAAGCCAAACUUGCUACAACAUUUGGAAUGUCUUGUAUUUAACCAAAGAACACAAGAAUGAUUGUAAAGUAUUUAUACAUAAAGAGGAAAAAUAGACAAAACUGCUUUUGUUGUAAAAUUCAGU